GUUUUGAUUGACCACUGCGCUGCUGCCAUUCUGGCAUGUGAGACUUUUAUUGUGAAGUAGCGAGUGGAGGUUUUACCGGAAGUGUUUGGGGAGUUGCAAGGUUAACAUGGCGGCCACAACAGCGAGAGCACCUUUAGGAGAACAAACACCGCCGUCGCCGUCUUCAGGGUCUGCUCCUUUGGACCCGUCACAGCCUCCACUUAUCGAAGGAUUCUCUCCUUUGCAGAGGCUUAACGACGAGACUGUUAAAGAGAAGUUUCUUCGAAAAGCAAAGGAGAACCCUUUCGUCCCCAUAGGUUGCUUAGGUACAGCGGGAGUCCUGAUGUUCGGCCUUCGCGCGUUCCAUCAGAACAAAGCCAAGGAGUCCCAGAUGCUGAUGAGGGGACGAAUCUUCGCCCAAGGCUUCACCGUGGCCGCCAUCGUCGUUGGCAUCUUGGUGACCGCUUUCAAACCUAAACAGUGAAGAGACGGCGGCACCGCUCGCAACUCAGCCGACCUCCAUUCACCUUGGAAGCAGACUGUUUGAAAGAACUGAAUAAUGCGUUGAGUAUAUACAACAGGAGACAUACUUUAUUAAGAUCUGAUUUACAUAACGUUAUAUCGGGAGUACAAACUACUCCUUUUUAACGUUAUGUAAGGAAGAUGAUCCAACAUGUGUCUUUGCAAAUGCAUAUAAUGUAGGUCCUUUUUCAGUAAUGCAAGUACUGUACUGUAUACGGAAGAAAUACCACACAUAUACUUAUCAGUUAUUAAAAAAAUCACAGUACACAUUAAUAA